UUUAUUAAAACUUAAGGGCAUGUUUUCAACAUUUUUUUUUCUCCUGUCACAUUCGCCUUCGCCGUCGCCUCCUUGUUCGUGGAGAUCUAUCGUCCGAGAUUUUUCUCUACUGCUCUUAUAAAGUUGAUAAAAAUCGAAGCUUUCGAAGACUAGCAAAACCGGCGUUUCAAGAAAAUCUCGAAUCUCCAGUGAGUAACUCUCUUCUUACUCUGGAUGUAUCAAAUCUCCGAUCUUACUAGAACUUCGAGAGGAGACUACUUUUAUAGGACGAACCCAUCAGUAAUCUCAGAUUGCUGUCAUGUCCGAGAAGCCACCAGAAAUCGCUGACAUCAUGCGUGUAAGCUCGCAUCGUGAAGUGUACGAACCAUGCGAUGAUUCAUUCGCUCUAGUCGACGCACUACUCGCUGACCAAACCAACCUUAUAAACCACAACCCCAACCUUUGUAUGGAGAUUGGAUGCGGAAGCGGAUACGUCAUCACGUCCCUCAUCCUCCUCCUCAAAUCAAAACUCCCCACCGUUCAUUACCUAGCCACCGACACAAACCCAAUCGCUGCACGCGUAACAAACCAAACUCUCGAAGCACACGGAGUCAAAGCUGAGAUUGUCUGCACGGACAUAGCUUCUUGUCUAGAAGAGAGACUCGCCGGCUCCGUCGACGUGAUGGUGGUGAACCCACCUUACGUUCCUACGCCUGAGUACGAAGUUGGAAUGGAAGGUAUUGCAUCUUCUUGGGCUGGAGGGGAGAAUGGGAGGAGCGUUAUCGACAGGAUGUUGCCUGUGGUUGAUCGUUUGCUUUCGGAGAAAGGGUGGUUCUACCUGGUGACGUUGACUUCGAAUUACCCGGCGGAGAUAUGUUUGAUGAUGAGGAAGAGAGGCUUCGCGUGGAGGAUCUUGGUUCAGAGGUCGACGGAAGAGGAGAAUCUCGUUAUCCUCAAGUUCUGGAGAGACGGAGAUGAGGAGAGCUUGGAGAAGGAGACGUCAACGGCUUCGUUGGUGUCGGAGUUUUCGAGAUCUUUGACAUCGUUUAUGGAGAAACAAUGGCGGUGAGAACUUGAUGAUCUCAGGAGCAUUUUUACAAGAACUUGUAAUGUUGUUGCAAACACUACUUCUAGUGUUCAAUUUUUUUUUUUUGAAACCCGGUUAUGUGUUGGUCUAUUUUCGAAAACCGAAUUAAACCAAAAAUCACCGUGUCUGUGCAUGCCUAUUUUCGAGUGCUGACGUGGCUGAAUGUAAGUGGACGUUCACGUAAAUAAACGCGCGAGAGCCGUCAUGUUAGACUUCUUCCGUAAAUUUACGGAAGCACCCUCAUUAUUACAAGACGACCAGGGGUGGAUUAGACAAGUAUAUAAAUGUCGAUAAGCUAAGCCAAUUCCAAAACGCAAGCGAUAGCCUCUCCUCACAGAUCUAAAAAGACCUCCUCCUCGUUCAUACAUAAGAGAGAAACGAAAGAGAGCCAAAUCACUCUCCCCCUUUAUAUAAACACCCAUUUUACAAAAUCUUUUUUCCCUCUCCAAUCCUUCAGAUCUGUAUAUAAAAGCCUCACCUCUUCGUUUUAUUUCGCCAAAUCUCCACGAAACCCUAGAUUUCGUGUCGGAAUCUCUAAAAGAGAGAGGCAAAUGACAGAUCAAGGAUUGGAAGGGAGUAAUCCAGUGGACCUUGCCGAGCAUCCUUCGGGGAUUGUGCCUACUCUUCAG